AACCUCAGGGUCCGUCUCUGUGUGACCCUGCUGCUCAGCACAGCUACAGGGUCACUGCGUCUCAGCUCCCAGAGCUCCAUAGUGGGAGGAGAGGACGCGCCCGCUGGAAGAUGGCCCUGGAUAGUGUACCUCCACAUCACCUAUGGAGAUAAAGCCCUGAACUGUGGAGGUUCCCUUAUAGACAGCCAGUGGGUUCUGACGGCAGGGCACUGCUUAACCAAACCUGGUCAGGGGAGGCCAAUCCUCUCCCGCUCCUACGCACGAGUGGGUGAGCUGAAGCUCCAGCGUCCGACUGGUGAGCGCCACUCCCUCCUCCGGGUCCUGGUCCACAACAAGUACAGCUCCACCAGUGGCAUGCAGCACAACGACCUGGGCCUGGUGCAGCUGCAGGAGCCUGUCUCCCACACGCUCAAGCCCGUGGCUCUGCCUGGUCCCCGAGACGUCCUCACACCCCAGGCUGAGUGCUGGGUCAUUGGAUGGGGUGAUGUAGAUGAGAACCACCAUUUGGGAGGUGACAAGACGCUCCAGCAGCUCAGGCUCCCCCUAGUGGACGACAACACCUGCAGGCAAGCGUACCCAAAGACCAACGACAACCAGCUGUGUGCCGGAUACAUGGAGGGAGGCAAGGACGCCUGCCAGUUUGUCCAGGUCGGGGUGGUGAGUUUUGGAAGUGGCUGUGCCCGGCGUGGCUACCCUGGGGUGUACACACGCGUGUACAACUACAUGCAUAUGUUACACAAGGAGCAGCUGUUGGAGAUCUUGAGUGUGGGGCUGUGUAUGGGGGCCUAG